AUGCCAAGUAUUCAAUCGAGUCGCGGAAGCUCUGGAAAAUAUGGGAGUUGUUAUGUUAAUAGUGUCAAAGAAGUAUUACAAACCAAGAAUAAUUGUACGAAUAAUGUUUUAACUAAUGAUGAUUAUGAUGGAAAAUGCUUUUCUCCAAGAGCAAGUACAGAUGAGGCGGCCAUGGAUGCAGCUGCAACGAAGGUGCGGAAAGUUUACAAAAGCUACAGAACAAGAAGAAGCCUUGCAGAUUGUGCUGUCGUUGUUGAGGAAUCAUGGUGCAAGGCAUUAGAAUUUGCUGCUCUUAGGAGGAGUUCUGUGUCGUUUUUCGACUCAAAAAGGUCAGAAACUGCAAUUUCUAGAUGGUCAAGAGCUAGGAUAAGGGCUGCCAAGGUUGGAAAAGGUUUGAGCGAGUACGAGAAGGCUCAGAAAUUAGCCCUAAAACACUGGCUUGAAGCUAUUGAUCCACGUCAUCGUUACGGACACAAUCUACACAUAUAUUAUGGUGUUUGGUUUCAAAGCAAGAGCUCUCAACCUUUCUUCUACUGGUUGGACGUAGGAGAUGGGAAAGAAAUCACUCUUGAGAAAUGUCCAAGAACUGUUCUUAAUCUUCAGUGCAUAAAAUACCUCGGACCAAUAGAGAGAAAAGCCUAUGAAGUGGUUGUGGAAAGUGGAAAGCUUCUCUACAUGGAAAAUGGAUGCCACGUGGAGACUCCUAAGGGCACCAAGUGGAUAUUUGUGCUGAGCACAUCAAGAAAAUUGUACGUGGCAGAGAAGAUUAAGAGCACAUUCCAACACUCUAGCUUUCUAGCCGGUGGUGCCACCAUUGCAGCUGGAAGAUUGGUUACCCAUGAUGGGAUUCUUGAGGGUAUAUGGCCUUAUAGUGGUCAUUAUUGCCCAACAGAGGAGAAUUUCAAGGAGUUUAUUAACUUCUUAGGGCAACAUCAUGUGGACUUAACAAAUGUCAAAAAAUAUCCUAUGGAUGAAGACGUUCAACCGAGUAAUAAAAUUUUGAAGUGUUCAACAGAGUCUGAAAGUGGCACUAGUCCAAGUCUCGAAGUCCUAAAUGAUCCAAAUCGUGUUGAAGAAAGUUUAAAAGGCACCGUUGUAUGA